AUACAUUUACAAAGAGAAAUAAAAUGGAGUUGCCUGUGCUGGAUAAAUUCUGCUUCGUGUUCAAUUUGAGGGCGGGGUGCAUUUCUAUGGGUAUUAUUAAUUCGCUGCUGACGUUCUUGCUGGCCGUUAUCAUGAUAACCUUCGCUGUGGAUAUCAAGGACGCGGCGGACUCGAAGGACGGCGAGCCGAUGUCAUCUGUUGUCUACACCAUCGUCGUGCUCAUCGUUGUGCUUCUCUUCCUCAAGUUUCUUCUCGACUUUAUUUUUGUUUACGCUGUUUACAAGGAAAAAUGCGGCAUCAUGAAAAAUUACUGCAUUUUUUGGAUAGUGUUCAUGGUGUUAUUCAUCAUUGGCUUUCUCAAGACUCUGUUCCACAUGUCCGCAGGGUACGUCAUCGCCGAAAUAUUGUUCUUGGCGGAAAACUUCUAUUCGAUCGUCGUGAUCCGGAGCUACCUGAUAUCGAUCAACGAGGAUGGCGUGCUAUAAUCACGUAUCGAGUAGUCAUUAAAAGUUAAUCGGUGUCUGCAGUACUCGUAGAAUAUGUUUUACGUUUUUGUGAUAAUUUCUCAUCAGAAAUACUCCGAAUGUUUUAACGGUUAGUUGUUAAUUGGACGACUAAGUUUUGCACAACGUAUUGCGAUUAACCCUAAACAUGACGUAAAUAGAAAUAAAGUAGUAAGACAGUCGACUGUCUCGCUGGUGAGGAAAUACGUUUAGAAAUACUAAGUAAACCAAAAUGACACCCAAAUUGUUCGAAGAAAUAAAUAAAUAAUGGUCGGAUGGUAUGUUUGCAUAAAAAAUUAACUUACCACUCAGAGUUUUUACGUCGACAACUGGACAAAGUUCUCUCCAGGAGAAUUGCCACAAUGGGCACAUUUGAGGCGAGAAAUCUUAUUAAUAUAAUACAGGGAGAGGCUCUCCCUUUGUGGAAUAUUGUAAUUGGAAAACUUCGGAGUAAGUCUUAAUUAUGCGUUAGCAAUUAUUAAACAGUAGUAGGUGUGUGUAUCCACAUUACAGUGCGUUCUGUUAUUAGAGUUGUAUGGAGUGGUGUUCAAUGCAAAGCAUAAAAUGUCAGAUGAGCAAACAAUCCUAUUGAUGAUUGAUAACUUUUGUCGGAUUUUGAACUGUAUUUACUCACAACUUGCAAAACAAAGGGCGCUACGAUCUUUGAAGUCAUCCAUUAGCCGCACAGACGCCCGACGAGAAGUUAUGAGGUAUUUCGGACCGCACCGAAGUUGAUGCACAAAUUGCACGAGAUCAUAAGAAAUGAAAAAAGUAAUUUGUAGGGUAGAAUGACGUCAAAAGGACCAAAGUAUUGAAGAGAAAAAUGAUAUGUUUGUGUAUGUACGGAACGGAGCGUAUCAAAGUUUUGUGUUUAAUUAUAAAUGAAAACGUGCUUUUUCAAAAUGGUUACCUAUGUAUUUGAACCCGCGUUCACGAUGUUUUUACAAAUCAAAAUAAACAGCGAUUAAUAGGACAACUACUUACCUAUGUACGCCACUGUGUUGACGAGAUGCAAAAAAUAGAUACCUACAGUAAAAGCGGACAACAAGGUACACUGUUCUUAUAAACACAUAUAUUACUUAGUUACAUGUAACAAGUUUUAGUAGGUACGAUUUAUUUACAAAGAGGUAACCAUUUUCGAGCUGCAUUUAAAAUUAUGAUUGCUAACGAAAACCGUAAUGUGAUUUUGUCAAAGCAUUUGUUUACAAUGUGGUUGUGAAGUUAUCGGCUAUGGCGGAAACAUACAGCCGAAGUAAUUCGUUGUUGAUUUGUUCAUGUUUAAUGUUUAUUGUCUUCCAAACGUAGAGUUAAGAAUCGCUGUUUUUGUUAGAACAUUUUGUUGACUAUUUGAGAGUUCCAUAAGAGAGGCCUGUGUGGACCGCUUCUCAUUAGGUGUUUAAAAGUGAAGAGUUUAUAUAAAUCGUAUGAUGGGUGAUAUGAGUUUCCCCGCUGUAACAAAACUAAAGACAUAUUCAAAGAAAAUGAAGCUUUUUACCGACAAAUUUAUUAAAUCCGUUAUACUAAAAGGCAUAUCUUUCUACAACAACACGUUUUGUACAGAAUUUACAAUUUAUUACAUUUUGUAUACAAAUAAUCGAUGUAUUUUGUGUGUGUUUAUUCAAGU